AUGGCCGAUCGCGACGGCCGCGCGGCGUCCAGACUCACAGACUUGCCUGUUGAACUGAUCUUAGAGGUGAUAGAAUUGGCGCAGCUCCUCUGGCACAACGAGAUCUUUGCGGCGCACAAUCCCUACGCUGGCCCCCGACGGUACAUACCUGCCGCGCCGCGUCAAACCACCGUCGAGACGAAAAGCUGUUGCAACGGCAUACGCUGGGAUUUCACUCGCCCCAUCUGUUUGUCUCUGGCCGCUCCGCUGCGACUGCGUUCGCCGGCGCAUCGACUUUCGCAAACCUGCCAAGCCCUGCGGAACCUACUUGACAAGGGCUGCGACGAAAUCUGGAAGCAAGAUAAUGUUCUUUUCAAGUCGAUAACGUUGCGCAAAGACCAAGAACGCACAACUCUCGUUGCCGUCAACGUCUGUAACUGCCUGAUCCCUGCCAUUGAACGCUCCUACGAGGCUUUGGGGUAUGUGAAGCUGGCCCUACCAUGGCAAGACCACCACACGGCGCAAUCCGCUCUUCAUCAGUUCUUCUAUCAGCGACGCGGGCGAGAAGACAGCAAACUUCGCCAUAUCAACCUGGAGAUAUUAGAGGAAUCCCCGCACUUCCCCAGACACCAAGACAUCAGAACGGUGGCAGUUCUUAGUCCGCGUCUCGAGGUCGGUUGUUUCUCAGGCGGGAACAUAUACUACCACUCCCCGCUUUUGGAUGCACUCUACUUAUUCCACUCGAGAGCUUGGAGGCCGCGCUAUAGCGCGAGUUUAUCGAUGGCUUUACAAGCUUCCUCUGGAGCACUCCGCUAUCUUACUAUCGAUGCUGCUCAUGCGGUAUUUGAGGAUCUAGACGGGUUCAGCCUGCCGAAGCUUCUAUUCCUUCGUCUUGUCGCGCCCCAACGCACCGCGUAUCGAUUCCUACGAUGUGCCAGCCUGCCAUCUUCAGUGGAUCUCCACCUCGAGCCCGUCGUAUGUUGGAGGCUGCAAUCAUUUGGGAUGGUGCCGAGGGCGCCUUUCGAGAUGGAUCUCGACGCUCUCGACAGAGAUGCAGGAAUACCCGCUGCUGCGGGACUUGCACGAUAUGCCAAAGCGCUCUUCGACCCCGCAUACAUGGGAGAGAUCUUCUCGGAGGAGCCCGCACGCGCGCCGCGCGGACCUGCAUCUGGGAGAGGCACGGUCGCUCUGGGGUUGGAUAUACGCAUCGCCUUAGAUGCCCAUCCCGCUUCCCCCGUCGCGGCAUAUCUUCCCGAUUCUAUUUCCGCAUCGUUCGCACCGUCCGUCAACGACCUCGAGUCGACGCUGCUGGAUCCCGCAGGACGAGAUUGGCGCCGUAAUCAAGACGCCCGGGUCCCAUGUAGAUCCCUGACUGUCAGAGACGGUAGAUCUUCUCGACCCGCCCGCUACGAUAGCGACGACAGCGACGAUAGGGUAUCGCCGAAGGCUUUGUACCCUAAGGCCCUUUAUGAUGCCGUACGCUAUCUGCUUCGUGCUCUGCAAAGCGCAAGCGCGACUGCGUCAAUAGUCGUAUACGAGCUAGUAUUUGCACGCGAUUCCUGGUUGCCUGAUCGAUCGUUAGGAUACGACCACAUCCUCAACGCGCUCAAGGGCUUGCGCAGGAUACGCUACCUCAGCCCUCCACUGGCCCUGGGUAUGCGGUUCGCCCAAAAUAUGGAGGGCCGCCUUGCAUCUGAGCAUCUGCAUGCCCUCGCACUUUACCUGAAUACGCCGGGCGAGGGGCAGGUGUAUCCGUGCAUCAUGCUUGACACUGUGUCAAUCCCUCUUGCGUCUCCGCGUUCGGAGCCCGGCUAUCCCAACCUCCGCGAUUUGGAUGACAUCUUCAAUUUGCCAGAACGUCUCCAGGCUGGCGCUCCCCGUAUCUCAAUCAUAUCUAGGUAG